AUGGGCAAGCUCCUGCUGCUGCUGCUUCUGGAGGCUUCUGUUUUUGUGUUGAUCCAAGCCCAAGCAAUAAUAUGCAUGUCCUGCAACAUGUUUGUGAAUAGCAAAUGUAUAGAAGGUGAGGAUAAAUGCAUCGUGGAGGAAGGUGGUGCAUGCACAACCAGAGAUAUCUAUCAUUUCAGUUCAAGAGGUUGGUUUCUCUAUAGCCACACUAUUCUGGAAUGUUCUAAAUCAUGUAAGGCUUCAGAAGAGAUUUAUUUUCAUCUAAAAAAUUCAACCUUUUGUUGUAAAAGUCAAGAUUUCUGUAAUAAAUAUAAAGGAAAAUAA